GCAGAGCUACUCAGGUUGCCAUCCUUCGCUCCUGCAGAAUGCCGUGCGACUAAGGAUCAUACGUACAAUGCCCUUGUUCACCGUCCCUUGGUGUGAUGUAGCCUCCUCCAGAAACAAAGAGACCUUCCCAAUCGCCACUACACAGCCAGAUUGCAAGAAAGGAUCCUGGCGGUAUUUAAGAAACAGUACACAAGUAGCGUUGGGGCUCAUUGACUGCCCCGAAUGGAUUUUCCUCCGCUCGCCGAUCCUACCUCUGCGGAUGACAACAACCAGCAUUAUCACUCCCUCUUUUCCGCCUGGAUCUGGGUGGAGGAGCCGGAGCGCCUCAUGUACUUGCCUCACCCAAGUCUUCCUAUCGUCUCUUCCAUCGACACGCUUCCUCCAGAGUUGCUCUCACGGGUCUUCCAGGAAGUGCAGGAGGAAGAGCAAGAGGAAGAUGAGUGGGGUGAAGCAGAUCUUCGAUUAACAACCCAGUGGCUCGCAGUCACACGGGUCUGCUCUUACUGGCGCGACGUCGCGUACGCAACUCCUCUUCUGUGGCGCACCGUCGACAUCGACCGUUCGCUGGAGUGGCUGCAACGAUGCCUCAUUCUAUCCGGAACGGUACCGCUGCGUUUGCGUCUCCACAACCCUAGUAGGAUGGCCGCAGCGUCUCGUCUACUGAUAGAACAUGCAGGUCGGAUUCAGAGGCUCCGCGUGUCUGGUCGGGAAACCAUCGAAAGUCUCAACAAGCUGGAGCCCCUGUUUUCGAUCACUUUGCCAAUCCUGGAGGAGCUACAUUUGAAUGUUGACGUAGAGAAUGCGUCGUCCUCUAUGUCUAGCUUUGAUCUCGUCCUCCCACAUCUCCUUGACGUCGACCCCGGUCGUCUUCCGGCCAUUCGCACCCUCAAGGUUGUGGGCGUGGGUCUUCCUUGGACGUUCCCACUUCCUCGACACCUUCACACCCUGGAAUGGACGCCUUGGAGGCAUGCCCCUCUCUAGAGCACAUCGUCCUUUACAAGGCCAUGCCCUACGGGUUCGAGUGGGACAACCAGCAUGUGCGCUCAGACCGCCUCAUCUCGUGGCCGAACCUCCGCAGUCUCGUCAUCGCUGGCGCAGGGCGGGAAGCGGAAGAGGAAGAGGACGACGAAGUAGACGAGAUACGCCCCGUCCUGGAACACAUUCGAGUGCCGGAGUCUUGCGACUUCUUCCUGGAGAUCGUCAAUGCAAAGGCGAGCCCUUACGGGGACUGCCUCCCCAACGACCCGUCGUGCAUCCGGCAUCUAGAGAAGGCGAUCGAAGCGACCUGGGGGGAUCCGUCGUGCUUCGAGUGCCGAUGUCCUGCGUCUACGACGUCAGAUCAGAGGGGCGUCAGCCUCACAGAGCCUGAGCUGAAGGGUCGGCUUAGGGUCGACAUCGACCCGGUGGGCAUGUGGUGUUGGUUGGACAAGGAGACGACGGACCAGGAGGACCGCGCGCUUGCGGAGUUCCGCCACUACCUGGGCCGGGCGCCCUUGAGAACACUCACGCUGGCCUGCGGUCCGAGCCUGCGGGGAUUCCUGGAGGUGCUCCGCGCGUUCCCGGCCCUGACGGAGCUGGCGCUCGACUGCAAGCGGUCGGGGAGGGUGCCGCAGCGAGACGCCAUCUGCGAGUUCCUGUCCGCACUGGCCGGGGGGGAGAUGGCGUCCGAGGCGUGGAGCUCUGCUGCGGUGCCAAAAUUGCGGUCCGGGAAGGGAGGGGUGCCUAUGACGAACCUGCGGGUCCUGCGGCUGGACUACGUCCUCUGGUAUGAUGAGAUGGCGGACGAUAUCGAGCGGUGCUUGUGGUCUCGCGUUGUGGGCGGUGCGGAGAACUUAGACGAUGUGCGCAUCCAUUUUAAUGGCGUCGUUAAAGAUGAAGAGG